CCGCAUUGAAAUGUCACAUUUGUACUAACGACCGAUAAACAUUUAAACAUGUUUGCAGAAAUUUGGAUUUCUCGCAUAUUUGUGGUGUUUAUAUUUGCUGGUGAAAUUUUCGUUUCAAAUGCCAUGUCAUCGGGCUAUCUUGUACUUGGUGGAUCCGGUAUGCAUGACUCGUCAGAUAAUAUUGCUCAUUUUCUCUCUCUACCGACUGAAACUGCUAACGGCCACACAAAAGUUUACACAAACACAUCAUCAAGAUGGCUUCACUACGAAGACUUCUUGGAACAGCCUAUGAGCAUUGACGUUGAUUACACUCGUAAGCAAUUGUAUGUUUAUAACAGCUACACGGCGACGCUUCAAAACGUUCAGUUUGAUCCCGAAAUCAAUGGCCGCAAUCUGGCAUUUAAGAUUCUGCAUUCUGGUCUGUCAAGGUCGCACGUGAAAAUAGCUAUUGAUUGGAUUUCCAACAAUAUUUACUGGACAGAUCCAACGUUUAGAUGGAUAGCAAUUCAGUCGCUGCAAAAUCAUUCGCAUUACAUGAUUCUCAUUCACGACAGUGGCGAGAGGCCGACGGGAAUCGCCCUAAAUCCGAUCCACAAAUAUUUGUUUUGGAGCGAUGUAGGGUCAUUGCCAAAGAUUGAGCGUUCCAGUCUCACCGGAAGUGACCGGAAAACAAUUGUAUCUCAGGGCAUUGUCUAUCCGAUAGCUCUGGAUGUUGACAUCGCGUUGUCAAAACUAUACUGGGUGGAUUCUGAACGCGACACUGUGGAGAGAUCAAAUUUGGAUGGUACAGAGAGAACCACGAUUCGGAGAUUGAUAUCUUCGACAUUCUUUGAUAUAGCAGUAUUUGCUCUGCAACGAAAUUGA